AUGGCGACCAUUCUAUUGGCCCUGUGUGGCAGCUGGCUAUCUAUCAAAGGCGUGCCAGAGACUCAACAAAAACCAGCUACUACCAAAGAUAAGGCGGACGUGGCCACGAGCCCAAAGAAUGAUAACAGUCCAGGAAAAUCUCGUUCUGCGGCUUCUUGUCUCAUCACCGAACUCCCGCUUUUGCCUCAAUCCCGUCGCUCAGCGCGAAAUACACUAAAAGAUAAUAAAAUUAAUAUCUAUCUAUCUAUCUAUCUAUCUAUCUAUCUAUCUAUCUAUCUAUCUAUCUAUACAUUAUUUAAAUUAUUCGGGCUAUUAUCAUUCUAUGUUGGUAUAUGUCUGGGUCGUCAAACGAUCCCUUUUUUCACACUCUUCUUUGUCAUCAACUUAUUCUUAAUUAAAUCUCUUGUUUCUCUUUUCUUUUGUUCUGUUUUUUUCUUUUCUUACCCAUCUCAAUUUUCCCUCUUUUCUUCCUUCUCUUUCAUCUCCUUUCAUUUUCCUUCUCGUCCUUCUACCCGUCUUCUUCAUCAUCAUCUUUCGACCUCUUCUUUAUUUCGUUAUCGUCUUUCUCUUUCCUUAUUCCCCCUCCUUUUUCUUGUCUUUUUCUUCGCUCUUUCUUAUUCUUUUCACCCUUCCCUCCUUCAUUAUGCUUAA